UCGGUCUUAUCGGACUGAACCAAUUCCACUCUCGCAAAAAGAACUGAAAUCAUACAACUUUUCAUAAAUACUUCGCUCAGAAAAGUUGGAUACCAUUUCCAAAGUGAUUUCAUCCAUUCGUUUCUGCAAUUUCGUACUUGGUUCGUCUCAAAAUAGUGGGAAAAUUGCGUAAUCCGAGCAGUUCGUGGUGGUGAAAGCAGUCUGGUGAAAGUUGGAAUUUGUGUAAAGUAUGAUUCAUUAAAACAAAUCAUACUCUUAUUAGAAAACCGGUGUUAAAUCAUUACUAAUCGGAGUGCAUAUGUGUAUACAUUGAUAACUCUACCGCUACGGUAGUAAUAACAGGCAUUAUGGUUUAAGUAAUGUUGCAAUGACAAAUUUACCAAUCAGAAACAAACUACUACCAAUCGGGUAGAAAGUUAUUACCAAACGGAGUACAUAUCUGCGACUCUACCAUAUUUUUAGAGUAACCCAAACUUGGCACAUUUUGCGAAUUAUAAAAAUCCUCCGUUCAACUUUGGUCCGAUUUGUGGUGACAUCAUGGCCCCGUCACCUUCACCGGGCUGAUCAUAACUCUUUCCCCCGCCUGCCUCCUAGGAAUUUCUUAAUGAAAUGGAUGCCCGGCUAAGUAAAUCCGGUUUAUUCUCGAAAGAAUGCAGGGGAGCGGGAUGAAAGGUGAUUUGUGAACUGCGGCGGCGGAAAAAGUGUUAAGCCGACAAGAUCUCCAGUGAUCAUGCUGAAGGCUUGAAGGUUCAAAACAAUCUUUAAAUCUUCUCCGAGAAAAUACAGGAAUGCUUCUGCUCUGCCACGGAUGUGGAGGAGAAACUCACUAAAAUUAGUCCGCAUUUCCGAACCUGAGUAACUCCAGAACAAAAAAUAUUUAACCGAGGAACGGAAGGAAGCAAGUUGUGUCGUGUCGUGUAACGUGGUGCUAUUUCGUGGUGCCUUAAGUUCAAGUGUGGCAUACACAUGUGAAUAAGGAAAGCAGAGCAGAGUUUCAUUUAAUCAGCUAAAAGUGUCAUGUGAUAUUUUAAAAAGUGUUAAACACGGUUUGCUUACAUAUGUAUGUACAAGAGGAUCAUUUAUUUUUAUAAAAUCGACAUUGUACACAUGUAGAUAAGUACUGCACAGUUAUCCUUCAUUUAGUAAUCUUUGGAUGAUUAUCUUAACAAAAUUUACAAACAAAAUUGGAUUAAUGGAUGAAAACUUGUGGAUCCCAACUACAUUCUAGCUUUCCGUGAGUGGGAGUGGACCGUCCUUGUCGGAGCUGUCGUUGUUGGCGGGUCGUCGGAGUGGGGGUGAGGGGGGUGGGAUCCCGAGCGGGAUUUUGGGGGGGACGCCAACGCCAGGAGUGACGGGGUCGGCAGCGGAACUCCAUGCCGCUGCUGCAGCCGCCUACUCACGCCUCACGCCAUACAUGGACCCCCUCUACGGCCUCCACACCAGCCCCACUUCCUCCUUCAGGCUCAGUCCGUCCGACUCCAGAGGCUCGACGACGGGGUUGGGAAUGCCCCCGGAUUACAUGAGUGUCGCUGCCUCGGCUGGUUUUUGCCCCAGAAGUUUGAACGAUCUUCACCCCGCAGCCAGCACGCUCUCCUCCGCAGAGCUCGCUUUCGCCUUCGACAACGCCCGAUUUGCCAGCCCCCGCGCCAGUCUCAACGCCCGUGCCAACAGGAAGCGUGCGCUUUCAUGCUCGCCGUACUCGGAUUCUUUCGACAUCAACUCCAUGAUCCGGUUCUCGCCUUCCUUGGUGUCCUUAGUCAAUGGGUCCAGAGGGUCUUCUGCCGCCAGCGGGUCGUACGGUCAUCUCUCCGCCGGAACGAUGAGUCCAGCCUUGGGAAUGGGGGCAGGUUUAUCCGGGGGGUUUGGUGGGGGGAUGCCGCCACUUCAGCAACUCCAGGCCCACCUCCUCCGCAGCGGACCCUUAGCCGGGUCGCUCCCGGGAUCUCCCUUUCUGCACCACGCGGGUCUCUACAACUCACCCUUUUCUGCCCAUCAAAGCCUCUACAUGCCAAGUCUCCAGCACUCCCUCAACAUUAAGCAAGAGGGCGAAUCCUGUCCCAAAUCCUCCCCUGGCGUGGGUGCCGUGAGUUCCACGAUGGAAGUGGACGAGCAUCGGGUGAACACGAGAAGGAUCAAAGUACGACGAGAACCAGCGACAACGACAAGCGGGACAAAUGGGGACGACCGCGGCGAAGGGGACAAGGACGAGCCGGGCGAUUUCUACGAGACCAACUGUCACUGGACAAACUGUUGCAUGGAGUUUGGAACACAAGAAGAGCUUGUCACGCACAUUAACACGGAUCAUAUCCACGCGAACAAGAAGGUCUUCAUUUGUCGGUGGAAGGACUGCUCGAGGGAGGAGAAACCCUUCAAGGCCCAGUACAUGCUCGUCGUCCACAUGCGGCGACACACGGGCGAAAAGCCACAUCGAUGCACGUUUGAAGGAUGUCUCAAAGCCUACUCCAGACUCGAGAAUUUGAAAACUCACCUGAGAUCACACACCGGAGAAAAGCCCUACACUUGCGAAUAUCCAGGUUGUGUGAAAGCAUUCAGCAACGCGUCCGACCGAGCGAAACAUCAAAACCGAACACAUUCAAAUGAGAAACCCUACGUUUGCAAAGCACCCGGCUGCACGAAACGCUACACGGAUCCCAGCUCGUUAAGAAAACAUGUGAAAACGGUUCAUGGGGCGGAUUUCUAUGCAAGCAAGAAGCACAAGGGGAACGACCAUGGGAGUGGACAUGACCACGAGAGGAACGGGAAAGGAGGGCGAGGUCACAACGGGAGUGCCGAGUCCCCCAGAAGUGAAGACAUGGGGUCAAAAACAACCUCCAUUUCAAGCCCCUCCAUCAAAUCAGAGAUGGAUCCGAAUUCUCCCCACCAACAAAGCAGUCCGGGUGGUGAUUCUUCGGGUACUGAAAUUAAUGGCGUGGAGCCCAUGGAAGAGCCGAUCAGCGACAACAAUGUGAGCACCACGAACGAAAUGAGUGACACGGGGUCUGUCUACGACAACUCCCCGAUGAUGACGCACCACCACCACCACCAGCAACCACAACAAGCUCAACAACCCUGCUGGGAUCUCAAGGAGGAGGAGGAAGUUAUUCCACAAAUGUUGGGGAUCGGGGUGGGCGGCGGCGUGGGGAUUGGCGUCGGUGCUGGCGGCGGACCUGGGUCACACCAUCCGGAGGAAUAUUACGGAGGGAGGCGAUUUCGAGGGAGGAUGGGAGCCAAGGGAUUCGCCUUCCAGCCCGCCCCAAUCCCGUCCUCAAUCGAUACUCAUGGCCCUCGUCGAAAUUUGGGGAUUGAAAAUCUCAAUCGCAGAAUUACAGAUCUCAAAAUGGAAGGGCCUCCCUCUUCCAACAAUAACUACCCGUCUGGAGGAGCCUCUCUUGCCGCAAAACCUCCAGGAAAUGAUCUCAACCCGCGUCUUCCAAACCCUCACAUGCAAACAACCCUCAAGUCCCCACCCGACCAAUCUAACGCCACGACUCGGCGUGACUCUGGCAAUUCUACGCUAAGUUCCUACUACAGCUCGAUGCGUUCGGACGGCGGUCAAAAUUCCCGUCGGUCCUCCUCCCUCUCUCAAACAUCCAACCAGAACGUCCCCCCUCCUCAACCCCACCAUCGCCAAGUGGUCAACGCGUCCCCCUACGACCCAAUCUCACCCGGGUCGUCGCGCCGCUCUUCUUCCGCCGCCCAGGAAAGCGACUCCGCCACCACGGACCCCAACCCCCUCAACUCGCUCGCCUCCUCCUCCAACACGCUCACUCUCACGUCCUCCGUCCAGGCUCAAGCCCACCUCGAACGCCUCCACAGACGCGCCCUUGGUCUCGAGGAGAAGGAAAACCAACAACAAAAUAACGGCUCUCAAAACACCCUGACCUCAUCGGGAAACUAUUUGAUCCAGAGUCAAACCGCGGCUGCGAGACUGGACGCGUCCUGGGUGGGAAAUAUGAUGAUGAGAAAUAGUUCCGACGCGCUCAGCGACAUGAGAAGAAUGUCCGACCCUUGCACAAGCAUGCAGCAAAAUGGGACAACCUCCAGGAUGCAAGUCUCUCAAGGAAUGAGCUUCGUCACCCCCAGCCAACUUAACGACGCUCUGCAAAGACAUCAACAAAAACAGCAGCUGCACGGACAGCAACAAGCCGGGCUCAGCAACCCUGCUGGUUACCAACUACAGCAACAAAACGGGGGCGCCAACACCGCCCCUCCUGGAAGUAUGCAACAAAAUGGAGGAAAUCCUGCCCAACUUGAAGUCUCAAUGGGUGACGACUUUUUAAUUCCUGACGACAUGGCGAACUACUUGGCGAGCGAGUGCCAAGGUCAGCAGCGAUUUGGAUACCCAAGCAAUCAAGAUCCCACUCGUCCGAGUACUUGCCCCCCUCCGAACACGGGGUAUCCCGUCCCAAUCCCGCAGAACAACCUGCCCCCACCGCCCCCUUACAAUCAAGCCGUGAUGGAUGGUUGGACCCCCCCAAACUUUCCAAGCCCAGCCCAAACGCAGCACAGGAAUGCCAAUCGGCCAGCUUUUGUCUCAAUUCAAAACAACUAUCAAAGUGGAAACCACAUGGCUGCGAGCAAUAAUAAUCCAGCCCCGUCUGCUGCCUGUCAUUUCCCACCGAAUCCGUACGGAAAUCAGCCCUUGCCCAGUCCUGCGUUCUCUCAGCCGAACGCGGUCUCCCCACCCAAAUGUCAAGAUCAUCCCCACGUGGUCUCUCCUAGUCCAAGAAAUCUCAACAUUUCUCAGCAACCAAGCCUUGCCAAUAAUAUGUUACAACGAGGAAUGCCCGCAAACAAUCAGCCCAGCUCUCCUGCCCCGUACGGAACGUGUGACCAACCAGGCGCUUACCCCCAGCAGAAUGGGACAGAAAAUGGUCACCAGCCAACCUACCACCAAAACGUGGCGGGUGCUUGUUACUACCCUCCCAACAAUAACAAUGGCUUCUCACACAAUGGAGGACCAGUGAACAAUGGUUACGCCCACGCCCCACUAUCGGCUGCUGCGGGAUAUGCGCCACCUGCCCAACAAAACCAGCCCUACGGAACCCAAUCAUACCACCAAACCGGACACCAAUUUCCACAAAAUUACCACCACAACACCCAAAGUUGUUACCAGCCCCAGGCUCCCAGGCCUCCUCCAGGAAACGUUUCCCGAACACAGUGCAACUACUCCACUGUCCAAUGGAGUCAAAACAAUGGGGCGACCGCAAGCACAAACAAUGGUCCUCCUCCUCCUCCUCCUCGCUAUUACAACAACUCUGGACCGUCCUGGCCUACCAAUACGAAUAACAACACUUAUUUCCCACAAAACCAAGUUCCUCCUGGGGCAGUUCCACGACGCGGUGGGGGACGAGGUGGAAACAAUCCGGAAAUCCAAUGCAAAUCUGUCACGAGUCAGAGUCAGCAGAGCAAAAUAAUGCUUCAACAGCAGAAUAAUAUGUCUCAAGCCUCGUCUUCUUCAACUCCCGGCCCGGCACAGGCCAUGCGACCAGAAGCUUAUCAACGAACGUUGGAGUACGUCCAGCAAUGCCAGCAGCAAAUGUGGGUGAGCAAAGAGUCCGGAAAUGGGAGUGACCAUUCCAACCCACUCUCGCCCGACAGCACGACGGACCCCCAACACCAACAACAAAACACCCUCCUGGGGACGUGUAAAUCCCCCAACAAACCCGUGACCCAAACUAACUGCAAUAAUGGAACAGAUAGUAAUAACCUUUUCCUGGGCCAGCAAAUCGUUCAAAAUCAACAUUGACAUUUUGUUUCAGGGUUUUAAAACAACUUUAUCUUGAAAAGAGACAAUAUGUAUUUAUAAUAAUAGUUAAUUAACUCGACGAAUUUUGAAGUUAAAUAUCACCGUAAUGAAUGGACCAGUGAUCUGAAUCAGAAGCGUCUUGUAUUUGUAUUUAUAAUGUGACUUAUCUAAAAAAGUGCCCCACCUUUUACAAAGCUGAUUGUAUUUAUUCUUAUAUUUAUAAAAAGUAGGUAAUAACUGGUUGAAUUAAAUAUACUUGAGUAGCAAUUUAUUAUACAGGGAGGGUAUAAUAAGUGCCUUGCAAUCUGUGAUCUGCCAAUGGAACUUUGUUACAUUAUUAUUCUACACAUACAUACAAGAAAAAUCAACUGUGCCAUGAACUGAACACGUAAUUAAAAGCUAGCUGCGGACACAUUAAAUAAUAAGAAUAUGGAAAAAGAUGGAUUAUCAUCUUUAAGUAAGAUAUGUAAGCAUGGACGGAAGCAAUAUCAAAUAAUUUAUGUAUUAUCAAUGCAAACACAAUCAAUUUUAUAAUUAAUUUAUUGAAUUUAUAUAGAAUGUAAGUACAUAAAUGUCUAAUAAGAAUAGAUAAUUGAUAAUAAAUAAA